UCUUUCUUCUCCUGCAUUCACUCUGACUCUGUCGAGGAGCCGUGGAAAGCUUAAUUUUGAAAUUAAAAAGAAGGAAGAAAAAGAGACAGUGAAAAUGGCUGGAAGAGGAACCAUCAAGCCUCAGAGCGGAUUCAACGCCAAUGCUGACGCCGACGCUCUUUUCAAGGCCAUGAAAGGAUUCGGCACUGAUGAAAAAACCAUUCUGCAGCUGCUGACGUCUCGCAGUAACGCUCAGCGCCAGCAGAUCAAGGCCGCCUUCAAGACCCUGCAUGGCAAGGACUUGGCAGCAGAACUGAAGUCAGAGUUGGGAGGACACUUUGAGACUGUGAUUUUGGCACUAUUGGAGACUCCUACAAUGUAUGAUGUGAAGUGCCUGAAGCAUGCAAUUAAGGGAGCAGGAACAUGUGAAAAGGUUUUGAUUCACAUCCUGGCUUCAAGAACCUGCAGUGAGAUUCAAGCGAUCAAUGCUGCCUACAAGCAGGAGUAUGGUAAAAGCCUGGAGCAGGAUGUGACUGGUGAGGUCAGUGGACACUUCAAGGAGCUGCUGGUUGUCCUGCUGCAGGCAAACAGACAGCAGGGUGUGCAAGAGGCCAAUGUACAGAGUGAUGCAAAGGCUCUCUUUGAAGCAGGAGAAAAGAAGUUUGGUACAGAUGAAGAUACAUUUGUCACCAUUUUGGGGAACCGCAGCGCUGAACAUCUCAGGAGAGUGUUUACUGAGUAUACGAAACUGUCUGGAUUCCAGAUUGAAGAAAGUAUUAAGAAAGAAACCAGUGGCCACCUGGAAGAACUGAUGUUGGCUGUGGUAAAGUGUGCCAAAAGUGUUCCUGCCUAUUUAGCUGAGUGCCUGUAUUACGCAAUGAAGGGUGCAGGGACUGAUGAUAAGACGCUGAUCGAGAUCAUGGUGUCCCGCAGUGAAAUCGACAUGCUGGACAUACGAGCGGAGUUCAGGAAGAUGUAUUCCACUUCACUGUACAAAAUGAUUAAGGAUGAUAUCGCUGGUGAUUAUGAAAAAACCCUUCUUCUGUUGUGUGGCGGCGAUGAUGCGUAAAUCAGCUCCUCGACCUGCAAGCAUGAACGACGAUUUAACAUUCGGCAGUUACACAGUUUUAAUGAAUUUCUGAAAAUAUUUAUAUUUUGUUCAUGUUAUUAAUGCUGAUGCAUCUGAUAAUCUGCAAUAAUGAAGGUCAUUUUUAUGUCACAGUUGAACCCUAACCUUUUUGUUUGUUUGUUUGUUUGUUUUUGUAUGCUUAAUACAAUUACAAAAUGACAAGAAGUGAGAAACAUAACAUUGCGAACCCAUCUUGUGUUGGGUGGAAUAAACUACGGCUUGUGCCGCUCCCUACCAGAA